GAGAAGCGGAAUAGAGAGAGGGAGAAGAAAAAAGGUCUUGAAGGGGAAGAGAUCAUGAUAAGGCAGAACCUGGGUCGAUCAACUCGCUCCAUCUGUCUGGGCCUGGCAUGUCUGUCCCUCGCUCUCAACCUCCUUCUGGCAUUUUUCUGUCUCUCUGUCCUCCAGACACCCUGUGUCCUUCCCACCUCCUCUUCUUCCUCCAUUCCAAGAACAAAUACUCAGCACCGUCAGUCCAUCUCCCACUCCUCCUCUUCUUCAGAUGUCUCCUCCUCACAUAAACUGCCAACGAUCCCCCAGAAUGGAGAGCAUGACAAACUGAAUGCCAUCACCAAUAAAGAGAGAGACUCAUUCAGUGAAGCUACUGAGAGGACAAAGAAACUGAUUGGAGCUGGAAAAGUCAAGGUUAAGGGUUAUUCUAAGCUGGAGGCGCUGUUCAAGCACCCGCUGUACAAUCUGCCACGUCCAGAGCUGCAAGACGAUGACUGGCUGCUGAGGGUAAAGAAAACUGAACAUGCAAAGGAUACAGGAGGUGAGGAAGAGGAGAAGGAAGACACCAUAAAUAGUGACAGCCAGUGGCAGAGUGCCAGUGAGGAGGAGGGCUAUGACAAGGUCACUUGGACGAGCGAUGUGGAGACCCACCCUCCCUGGCUACGGUUCCACCUGGGCAUCACUCGCUGGGAGCUGUACAACAGGAAGGAUCCCAACCUGGCUCGGCUGACUCACUAUUUGGCAACGCAACGUAUCCUCGGUGCUGUUCAGAAGACAGGAGGUACCCAGCUCAAACUGCUCAUGUCGUUCCCGAACUACGGACAAGCUCUGCUGAAACCCAUGAAGCAAUCCAGAGACGCAGAGACAGAUGUAAACCUCUUCUACUUCUCAGACUUUGAGAGGCACAAUGCAGAGAUCUCUGCGUUUCACCUUGACAGAUUGCUGGGGUUUAACAGGAUCCCUCCAGUGGUCGGUCGACUCAUCAACGUCACCUCGGAGAUCAGAGAGAUCUCCACUGACCGCAGGCUGUCUAGGACCUUCUUCACUUCCCCCGCGGGCAACGUGUGUUUCUAUGGCCAGUGUGAGUACUACUGUUCGUCAGAGUACCCACUAUGCGGUCAGCCACAUGCGCUGGAGGUUUCCCUGGCUGCCAUGUUACCUGACCUCACCCUAGCGCCCCGCAGGUCCUGGAGGUCACCUUGGAGACGCUCCUACAGCCGCACCAAGAAAGCACAGUGGGAGAAGGACCCGGCCUACUGUGACACAGUGAAACGGACGCCUCCUUACAACUACGGCACCAGACUGGUGGAUCUCAUAGACAUGGCUAUACUGGACUUCCUCAUGGGGAACAUGGACAGACAUCACUAUGAGACGUUUGAGAAAUUCGGCAAUGAGACUUUCGUGCUGCAUCUGGAUAAUGGACGGGCGUUUGGGCGUCACUCUCGGGAUGAGCCGUCUAUUCUCACUCCUUUGCAACAGUGCUGCAGAAUCCGUCGUUCCACCUUCCUCCGCUUGCGCCUCUUGUCCCUCCCUGGCUUCCGUCUGAGUGAUGUCAUGCGGGAGUCGCUGGUCCAGGAUCCUCUGGCAGACAUGGCACCCGUCCUCUCUGAGCCACACCUCUCUGCUCUGGACCGACGCCUUGCCUACGUCCUACAGGUGGUGCAGACCUGUCAGGAUCACCACAAAGAUGUCAUUUACGAUGACUUGGAAGGAUACGAUCAACAGCCUGAUGGAGGGGGAGAACAAUAA